AUGGAGCUCACCUCAUCCCCUCUCCACAAAGCACAGGUCUUCUGGAGGGGACUCCUGCUCACAGCGACAGCCCCAUUUUUUCACUGGUACAAGGGGAAAAAUGUUGAUCAGAGGAAGGAAAUUGCACGAUUGGUAAUAUCCAGAGGUAAAAUAGAACCCGGGACUGUGUACAGCGGCAGAGAGAUAAUAUUCCCCAAUGCAUCCUUGCUCUUCCUGAAUGUCACUCGGAAAGAUGCAGGAGUCUAUUUGCUACGUGUGACUAUGGAAAACUUUGAUGAAGAGAAGGCAUAUGUGCAGUUUCAGGUACACCCCUCACUUGUAACCUACGGGACCUCCCCCACCACUGCCCAAGUCACUGUGGAAGUAGUUCCACCCCACAUUGUAGAAGGAAACAACGUGCUUCUACUUGUCCACAAUCUGCCAGCAACAGUCCCAUUUUUUCACUGGUACAAGGGAAAUGUUGAUCAGAGGAAUGAAAUUGCGCGAUUGGUAAUACCCAGACGUAAACUAGAACGAGGGCCUGUAUACAGCGGCAGAGAGACACUAUACCCCAAAGGAUCCUUGUUCUUCCAGAAUGUUACUCAGAAAGAUGCAGGAGUCUAUUUGCUUCGUGUGACUAUGGAAAACUUUGAUGAAGAGAAGGUAUCUGUGCAGUUUAAGGUUCACCAGCCAGUGACUCUGCCUUCCAUCCAAGUCACCACCACCACCACCACCACCACCACAUUCAAUGACCUGGACUCUGUGUUCCUGACCUGCUUCUCAAAAGACAUGGGGAUCUUCAUCAGGUGGCUCUUCAAUGGCUAGAGUCUGAGACUCACUAACAGGUUGAAGCUGUCCCAGAACAACAGCAUCCUCAGCAUAGACCCUGUCAGGAGGAAGGAUUCUGGAGACUAUCAGUGUGAGGUAUCCAAUCCAGUCAGUUCCAAAAGGAGUGACCCCAUCCAGCUGGACAUAAUAG